AUGUUCUCUGUUCAUCAGGACGGGGGCAAUGCUGUUCGCUGUGGCCGUUUCGGAACGAUCCAGUGUGCUUCUGAUGACGGCGCGGUUUGCAAGAAUGUCUCCAGAGGCAAGGUCGCUCCUGCAAUUUCUCUGGUGGCGUUUGUUCCCACAUCCCUUAAUUUAACGCAUCCUCCAGUGUUGUCGAAUUGGCCAGGUUCCUUGGCCGCCUGGGAAGCAAUGGGUGGCAUCACGGCCGCCCACCCCAUCACACGGGCUUGCGGUGCAAUCCGAUCGGCAAAUGGCGCAGACGCUUGCGAGCAUCUCUCUUGUGGCAACUUCAACACCAAGCUGAUGGGCUGUUUCAGGGACGAGGGGAUGAGCGUUCCAGGCAUUCCAGGCCUGGGCUUUGCCUCGGCAUUUGCUGGAGGCUCUGUUGAUGUUCAGAAUGUUCCUGAGCCCAACAAGCCAGUGACCAACUGCGCGCUGCACUGCGCCGGCAAAAGGUACAUGGCAGUUCAAAGUGGAAGCCUCUGCUUCUGUGGGGACACAUUCCUUGCUUACGAAAGAGUUCCCAGCAGCGAGUGCAAUGAGCCCUGUGAAGAGCCUCUGUAUCCCAACGGCUGCGGUGGAAAUCAAGGCAACUCUGUCUACAGGCUGACGGGUGACCCGGCGAUCUUCGCCGCAGAAAACGAGACAUGCCCAGCAGACUUCGUGCCACUCCAGGACUUCGAGCAGUGCAUGAGCGGUUUGUUCGUUGAGGGGUCCCAGUACCAAGGAACGUGGCAGGAGCCCGCAUGCGAGGCUGGUUGGCCAGGGCCAGGGUGCUUCGAACUGGGUGGGCUGCUGUACUACAGCAACUGCCCGAGUGGACCUGCCUCAAGACCCCUGCACCGUGGAGUAUGCUACAAAGCUUCUGAUCAUGGGGUGGCAGCCUCCAGCCUGCACGGCCGACCUACUCUGAUCCCCUGGUCCGACGUGGAGCUCGGCUCUCCUGUCUAUUCGGACAUAGAGAGUAGGAAUCACACCUUUGCCAGCUUCGGAAGUGGUUACCCUUCAAGCUGCUUCUAUGUGAGGGCCUCGAACAACAAGACGUUGCCGGCAAGUGAGGUUUUCCUGACCCUGAACACGAGCUACCGCUCCACGGUGUACCUUGACUUCUUUAUGCGAACGAAUUUGGAGUGGGGCUUUCAAGAUUGGCCAGACAGGGCCGAGUGGCAGCUGUCCCCAUCGAGAGUUGGGAUCUCGGCUUACGUUCCGGGACUGGUGGGGCCAGGUGCCGUUUACCAGAGAACCUUUGAACCGGGCUCGAUUGAACUUUAUGGUGCAGCCGCAUCUACUGGCAACUACUUGGUCACGAUCUGCAGGGAAGAGAACUUCUUUGAGUUCGAUGUCCUCACGGGCUUAGGGGUAUGGAAAGGAUUUCACCUUUUCAGCUUGGACAUCGCAAAGGGGGACCUCCGCUUGCAACCUGAUGAGAACAUUGCCACCGUGCUGGACUCCUCAGGCACCCGCCAGAGUUUGGCGUUGGAGCUCACCCUUUUCGCACACUACGAGUGGAUGCCUCUAGGACGUGGACCCGUGCUUGCCUACACCUUGCCAAUCGAGGUGCGAGACAACACCUGCUGGUUGCAGCAGCAUGGGCUGAAGUUUGGAGCUCGAAGCGUACUUGCACCAAGCUCGGACAUGGCAGUGUGCAAAGCCAAAUGUCGCUCCAGACCACAAUGCUCUCAUAUUGCCGUGCAAAGUGGGACGUGUUAUGAAUACUCCCAGCUUUGUGACGAACAUGGUGGCUGUGCGUACAGCGGGGUGUCCGCACAAAUGCGCUUCCCAUCUUGCGGCGAGAGGAGCAUUUGCUUGGAUGUUCAGGUUGGUGGCUAUCACUAUCUGUCAGGUGAAUACUGUCCAAAUGGCGAGAAUGCGAAGUCAGGGGGCUUGGUGUAUCGCAAGUCCGGACCAACGGAGCAGGAUUCUUUCUGGUUACAGAGAGACGGCCAAGAAGGCUGCGAGUGGGUCCUAAAAGAGCUGAGCGUUUUUGAUCAGAAGGACGAUGCAGCCUCUUACGUGGAGCUUCACGGACGGCAGGCCGCUUGCUUUCGAACUCCAUCGCCUUCGUCCGCAUACGACUCAAUCGGUUCCUUCGACCUUGUGCAUGCCGCCUUCACAGCCAGCCCAGUGAGUGGCCAGAUGGACAUCAGUAGCGGCGACAGCUCCACCUACACUGUCGGGCUCUCUGUCUCUUCAUGCGGGCCUCCGAAUCUCACGCUGUCUGAUGCAGAGGCGCAGGAUGCCGCUGCAGAUGGGACCGAGGGCACGCAAGUGCCACCAAUUGUGCCGGACGACCCUUCCACUGCCCUUCCAGACGACCACUGGCUUCACCCCUGCGAGUGUGUGCCUGCCACCUGGGACAAGGAAGCUCCUGUUUCUGCUGAGGCUAGGGCCUUGAUCCCCCCCGGCAGCGGCAACACGUUUUACCCGGGGCCUAUCAGGAUUGUCACGGGAUCCUUCGUUUGUGGCCUGCAUUCUUUGGUCAACGUUCUCAUCGAAGAUGACCUGGAGACCUUGGACACGGAGUCUUGUGAGCAGAAGUGCUCAGAAGAUCCGAGGUGCCGCUUCUUUUUCACCGGGCAGGUGGUGGGCAAGGGCCAGUGCAGGCUGUACAGCAGUUGCGACACGCUCUUUCGAGAGCUGGGCCUGGAUGGCAGUCUUUUCGGCUGGCCUGCAGGUCCGGUGUGUGCCCUAAGCAAUGCACAGCUCUGCUGGCAAAGCACCAAGCGCCGUCAGCACCUGGGUGCCUUCUACACCGACACUCCCGACGCAGCCGACACAGUGUCCGCGCACCCCAAGUGCCUCUACGAGGACCUCUACGAGCAGUGCGACCAAAAGCUGAUGCUCGGGGGCACAGACCUGCAAGCUUGCUCCAUUUGCUCGUAUGUCCUCCUCUCCGAGAACAAGCCGCUUUGCAAAGCCAUCUUGUACGAGUCUGGCGAUUUUGCGUCUUUUUCAGGAAAGAGCCUGACAGUGCCCGAGGAUACGGCUGUGGACCUGAAAGCCGAAAUUCAUAGGGACACGUUCUUGGGUGGCAACUCUGGGGUUGGUUUCAGCUUCUUCCUCUCCAUGAAGGUCUUGGGGAGUGGGUGCCAAGCAAAUGUCACCCGAGAAGACGACACAGCCAGUGGCACCAUUGUCUCGGUUGAUACCUACGCGGAAGGCGACUAUGGGCCAACCGAGUUGGAGCUUUGGCGUUUGGCGGAUCCUAACGGCGGUCAUGGCCGUCCCUUUGCGGUGCAUGUUUUUGCGGUGACGACCACUACCACCACCGCCUUGCCACCGCUGGCUCAGAACUUAGCCUUGGGCAGUGAGGUCACCGUCUGGGCAUCUUCCCAGAAGUUCCCAAACUUUCCACCUGAGAGAGUCAUCGACAGCAUAGCAAAUCAGGGAUGGUAUCCGGCUCCACCCUCCAGCUUGGAUGGAAGUGAAGGAGCGGAGUGGAUCGCAAUGGACCUGGGAGCGACGUAUGUUCUGUCAAGGGCAACGAUCCACCGCUUCCGUCAGCACAGGGGUCAGUUCACAAUCCAAAGCAGCCAAGAUCGAAGCAGUUGGGUGGAUAUGGGCUACUGGAGUGGUGACGAAGUGGACGUGGUCAACAUCUCUCUUCACGGGCAGGCGCAAUACCUACGGCUGAUUUGUGAGCCCGUGGUCAACGAAACCAAUGCCUGCUAUAUUGGGGAGUGGAAGGUCUACGGCACCAGGCCCAAAAGGCCGCUGCCCACGGCCUUCCGCCACGGGGCGGCGCUCCGCCUGAGGUGUUGGGGCGAGCGUUUCGCCUCGGUGGCCUCGGCAACCACCUCGGAGCUGAGCUGCAUCGCCGGGCGCUGGGCCAACAGCGUGGGGACGACGGGCCCGAAUCUGGAAUGCCAGGCCUGCACAGGGUCCUAUCAGAUUCUAACCUUUCCGACAUAUAUGGCAAGGCCAAGCCCCCAUUCCCUUGAUGCUUGUUCGGGUGGAUUUAUUACUCCGCUGCGCAGGCUAUGUUAA